AAACCCUCGCGCUCCUCCUCUGCUCGUUCCCGCUGACAGAAGGCGCGCGCCCGACAUAACAGGAAAUCAACGCGGAAGUGAGCUUCGUUACAAACGAGCUCUAGCGACGAGAAGAAAAUCCAGUCGGUCAACUCUUCCAGCACAACUUCAGCGUUCAGGCUGGUUCACAAAGAGAUCUGAAGAUGUCGUCAGGCGCUCUCUUUCCAAGCCUGGUGAGCGGCUCGAGGGGAACCUCCAGUAAGUACCUGGUGGAGUUUCGUGCCGGGAAGAUGACCCUGAAGGGGAACGUGGUGACACCAGACAAACGCAAGGGGACGGUGUACAUCCAGCAGUCGGACGACUCCCUGAUUCACUUCUGCUGGAAGGACAGGACGACUGGGAAUGUCGAUGAUGACCUGAUCAUCUUCCCUGACGACUGUGAGUUCAAGAGGGUGAACCAGUGCACCACGGGACGCGUCUUCGUGCUGAAGUUCAAGGCUGGAUCCAAGAGACUGUUCUUCUGGAUGCAGGAGCCAAAGACUGACAAAGAUGACGAGUACUGCCGUAAGGUGAACGAGUACCUGAACAAUCCUCCCAUACCUGGAGCGCCAGGCAGCGGCGGUGGCAGCGGCCACGAGCUCUCGGCGCUCGGAGGAGAAGGAGGCCUGCAAAACCUGCUGGGAAAUAUGAGCCACAACCAGCUGAUGCAGCUGAUUGGACCUACAGGACUUGGAGGACUGGGAGGUCUGGGAGCUCUAGCAGGACCUGGACUUGCCAACUUGCUGGGCAGUGGAGGUCCAGCGACCAGCAGCUCCUCAUCCAGCUCUCGUAGCCAAUCAGCAGCAGCCACUCCUUCAUCAGGUGGAGCCCCCAGACUGAGCUCCUCUCAGGCUCCCACCACACCUGUGACUCCUGCUGCCUCAGCUGUCUCCCCCUCCAGUGUUGCUCCCUCCACACCAGCCUCAGCUCAGACCCCGGUGGUCCCAGCCCCUGUUGGAAGCCCCACCUCCCACCAGCCCAUCCAGCUCAGUGACCUUCAGAACAUCCUCGCCACCAUGAACGUCCCAGCAGCUGCUCAGGGAUCAGCGGUGGACCUCGCCAGUGUCUGCACUCCAGAGAUGAUGGCUCCCAUCCUGACCAACGCUGAGGUCCAGCAGAGGCUCCUGCCCUUCCUUCCCAGCGGGGAAAGUUUACCGCAGAGCGCCGAGGAGAUCCAGAACACACUCAACUCGCCUCAGUUCCAGCAGGCCAUGGGUAUGUUCAGCAGCGCCUUGGCCUCCGGGCAGCUCGGCCCCCUCCUGAGCCAGUUUGGUCUGUCAGCUGAAGCUGUGGAUGCAGCCAACAGAGGAGAUGUGGAGGCGUUCGCCAGAGCCAUGCAGGAGAGUAAAGGAGACUCCAAAGAGAAGAAAGAGGACGACGAGGACAUGAGUCUGGAUUAGAGCUCAUGCUGCCGGGCUCAGCUCAGUCAAGUCUAUCAUUCCUUUUCUUUUCCUCAUCAUCAUCCUCCUCCUCUUUAAUGUUGUCUCACACCUUCUGCUACCAAAGGAAACACUCUGCUCCUACUCAGGAUGAACAGCAGCGUCAGCAGAGCUGUUUUUCACUGUGACCACCGCCUUCUGUUGACUUUUACUCUGAAAGGGAGCGACGGGUGGGGGGUGUUGAGACUGAGCCUUAAGUUUUUCUUCCUGUUGUUACCACAGUACAGACUGUCUCUGAGUGCUUGAUAAUAAAAAAAAUGACAUUGGCAAACAAA